AUGACGGCGUCAGACACAGACCCUGAAAAGGGUAGCACCCAAGCACCGGACGAAUCGACGAGCGACAUGCGCACAGCAUCGGUGGACCGGGGGCGACGGCACUCGGCCGAGUCGUUAGCCCGGACGCUGUCGCAGGUGCGCUCGCAGAACGGCUACGGCGUCGCCGACGAGGACGACGGCGACAAGGCCAAGCCCGAGGCGGGCACCGGCGGCGACGACGACGAGCGGGACCCGUACGAGGUGGGAUGGGACGGCGGCGACAGCGAUCCGCUGUGCCCGCGGUCGUUCACGCCCGGGCGCAAGUGGCUCAUCACCCUGAUCGCGGCCUUUGCGAGCUUCUGCGUGACGGCGGCGAGCUCCAUGUUCACGGCCACGUACACGCAGAUGGAGGCCGAGUUCGGGGAGUCGCGCAUCGUGUCGACGCUGGGCCUGUCGACCUUCGUGCUCGGCAUAGCGCUGGGGCCGAUGCUGUUCGGCCCGCUGAGCGAGUUCUACGGCCGCCGGCCCAUCUACCUGGUGGCCUGGACGCUGUACGUCAUCUGGUUCGUGCCGCAGGCGGUGGCGCCCAACGUCCAGACCGUCAUCGUCUGCCGCUUCCUCAACGGCUUCGCCGGCUCGACCUUCCUGGCCGUGUCGGGCGGCACCGUCGGCGACCUGUUCGCCCGGCACGAGCUCCAGGCGCCCAUGGUCCUCUUCUCCAUCGCCCCCUUCAUAGGGCCCUGCGUCGGCCCCCUCGUCAGCGGCUUCGUCAACUACAACGUCAGCUGGCGCUGGACCUACUACGUCCUCAUCAUCUGGUCAUCCGCCCUGCUCGCCGCCAUCGUCUUCCUCCUGCCCGAGACCUUCCACCCGAUCCUGCUGCGCGACAAGGCCCGCGCCCUCCGGAGGGACACCGGCGACGACCGCUGGUGGGCCCCGGCCGAGAGGGCGCACCGGUCCGUCCUCGGCGCCGUCGGAAACUCCCUCCUCCGACCGUUCCAGCUGCUCAUCUACGAGCCCAUGUGCCUGCUCCUCUGCCUGCUGUCCGCCCUGCUGCUCGGCAUCCUCUACCUCUUCUUCGGCGCCUUCGCCCUCGUCUUCUCCACCAACCACGGCUUCAACCUCUGGCAGAUCGGCCUCACCUUCACCGGCAUGUCCGCCGGCCUCCUCCUCGCCGCCGCCUGCGACCCCGUCUGGACCCGGCUGCGCGUCCGUCUGGUGGCCAAGCUGGAGCGCGAGACCGGCGUCCAGGGCGCCAGCGAACCCGAGCUCCGUCUGCCUCCCGUCAUCGCCGGCGCCGUCCUCGUGCCCGUCGGCCUGUUCUGGUUCGGCUGGACUACCUAUCCCUCCAUCCACUGGAUUGUUCCCAUUAUCGGAUCCGGCGUAUUCGCCAUGGGGACUCUGCUCUGUUUCUCUGGCAUCUUUACCUUUCUUGUCGACGCCUACCCUCACUACGCUGCCAGUGCGCUCGCGGCCAAUGCAUUUGUACGCUGCACGUUUGCCGCCGCAUUCCCCCUCUUCGGAACGCAAAUGUACGAAAAGCUGGGCUACCAAUGGGCGUCGUCUCUGCUGGCCUUUCUCACACUGGCCAUGGCGCCUUUCCCUUACAUCUUUUUCCUAUACGGCAAGAGGAUUCGAAGCAAGAGCCGAUUUGCCAAGAAGUAA